CCUUCCCCCUCCCCACCCCUCCCAGCCCUGUCCUUUCCCAGCCCUUUCCCUUUCCCCUCCUUUCCUUCCUUCCCCAUACAACCCAGACGAAUUUCCUACUCCCCAACCUGCCAAACCUCCAGCGACGCCCAGGGAAGUGCCCGCUCCACCCCACCCCCCACUCGCUCCGCCCCUAACGUCCAGCCCUUUCAACUUCUUCCUCUCGGAGUCUGCAAAACACAGCCUUCAAAUUCCCCUCCCGACGAACCGGAAGUGCGUCAUGCAUAGGCGCCGAGGCGCUCGUUUGGCGCGCGCGCCCUAAGCUGCGGGUCUGAGUUAGGGUCUUGGGUUUUCUCUCUUUUCUCCUUGGUUCUUGACUAUUUCCGGACGCUGGUGUCUCCGAACUUCGACAUGCCGUCUUCUUUACUGGGCUCGGCGAUGCCGGCCUCCACGUCGGCCUCAGCCCUGCAGGAAGCUCUGGAAAAUGCAGGGCGGCUCAUCGACCGUCAGUUGCAAGAAGACCGCAUGUACCCGGACCUUUCCGAGCUUCUCAUGGUGUCUGCCCCAAAUAAUCCCACUGUUUCCGGCAUGUCAGAUAUGGAUUAUCCUCUACAAGGACCUGGUUUGCUGUCAGUACCCAACCUUCCAGAGAUCAGUUCCAUCCGAAGGGUUCCUCUCCCACCUGAACUUGUUGAACAGUUUGGACAUAUGCAGUGUAACUGCAUGAUGGGUGUGUUCCCUCCUAUCAGCAGAGCUUGGCUCACAAUUGACAGUGACAUAUUCAUGUGGAACUAUGAAGAUGGAGGAGACCUUGCCUAUUUUGAUGGACUUAGUGAGACUAUUCUUGCUGUGGGGCUUGUGAAACCAAAAGCUGGCAUCUUUCAACCUCAUGUACGGCACCUGCUGGUUUUGGCAACCCCUGUGGAUAUAGUGAUUCUUGGACUUAGCUAUGCUAAUUUACAAACAGGUUCUGGAGUUCUUAAUGACAGUAUGUGUGGUGGAAUGCAGUUGCUUCCAGAUCCCUUAUAUUCUCUUCCCACUGAUAAUACUUACCUUUUAACAAUAACUUCCACUGAUAAUGGCAGAAUUUUCUUGGCUGGAAAGGACGGCUGUUUAUAUGAAGUAGCAUACCAAGCAGAAGCAGGUUGGUUUAGCCAAAGAUGUAGGAAAAUAAACCACUCAAAGAGUGCACUUUCUUUCCUUGUUCCUUCAUUGCUACAGUUUACAUUCUCAGAAGAUGAUCCUAUUCUUCAAAUUGCAAUUGAUAAUUCUAGAAAUAUUUUAUAUACACGAUCUGAGAAAGGAGUAAUACAGGUUUAUGAUUUGGGCCACGAUGGACAAGGAAUGAGCAGAGUUGCCUCAGUUUCGCAGAAUUCUAUUGUCUCUGCUGCUGGAAACAUUGCUAGGACCAUAGAUCGUUCUGUUUUUAAGCCAAUUGUUCAAAUAGCAGUGAUUGAAAAUUCUGAAUCGCUGGAUUGUCAGUUAUUGGCAGUCACACAUGCAGGUGUAAGGUUAUAUUUCAGCACUUGUCCAUUCAGACAGCCAUUAGCACGACCUAACACAUUGACACUGGUUCACGUUCGCUUACCUCCUGGAUUCUCAGCAUCUUCAACAGUGGAAAAACCUUCAAAAGUACAUAAAGCACUUUACAGUAAAGGUAUUCUACUGAUGGCAGCCUCAGAAAAUGAAGAUAAUGACAUUUUGUGGUGUGUUAACCAUGAUACAUUUCCUUUCCAAAAGCCAAUGAUGGAAACCCAGAUGACAACCCGUGUUGAUGGUCAUUCAUGGGCUCUCUCUGCAAUAGAUGAAUUGAAAGUAGAUAAAAUUAUUACACCCUUAAAUAAGGAUCAUAUUCCCAUAACUGACUCACCAGUUGUGGUACAGCAGCACAUGUUGCCUCCAAAGAAAUUUGUUCUCCUCUCAGCCCAGGGGAGUCUUAUGUUUCAUAAACUUAGACCUGUAGAUCAACUGAGGCAUCUACUUGUGAGUAAUGUGGGUGGAGAUGGAGAAGAAAUUGAAAGGUUCUUUAAAUUACAUCAGGAGGACCAGGCUUGUGCAACUUGCCUUAUCCUUGCUUGUUCCACUGCUGCUUGUGACAGAGAAGUAUCUGCAUGGGCUACUCGGGCUUUCUUCAGGUAUGGUGGUGAAGCACAGAUGAGAUUUCCAACCACUCUCCCUGCUCCAAGUAACGUGGGUCCCAUCUUAGGGUCUCCUGUCUACGCUAGUUCUCCUAUUCCUAGUACUAGUUCAUACCCAAAUCCAACAUUUCUGGGAACACCAUCUCAAGGUGUACACCCUCCUGCCAUGUCAACACCAGUGUGUGCUUCAGGAAAUCCAGCAACUCAGGCCGCAAGUAUGACUUGUAUGGCUGCACCAGAGAUUGUGUACUCUGGAAAACACAAUGGUAUUUGCAUCUACUUUUCUCGAAUCAUGGGAAAUAUCUGGGAUGCUAGUUUAGUUGUGGAGAGAGUAUUCAAGAGUGGCAGCAGAGAGAUCACCGCAAUUGAAAGUAGCGUUCCCUCCCAGCUGCUGGAGUCAGUGCUACAAGAACUAAAAGGUUUGCAAGAAUUUCUAGACAGAAACUCCCAAUUUGCAGGAGGACCAUUAGGAAAUCCAAAUACAACUGCCAAAGUGCAGCAGAGGCUGAUAGGAUUCAUGCGUCCUGAAAAUGGAAAUACCCAGCAAAUGCAGCAGGAGCUGCAGAGGAAGUUUCAUGAGGCUCAGCUGAGUGAAAAGGUUUCACUUCAGGCAAUCCAGCAGUUGGUUCGAAAAUCAUACCAGGCUCUGGCUUUAUGGAAACUUCUUUGUGAACAUCAGUUCACUGUCAUUGUAGGAGAACUUCAGAAGGAAUUUCAGGAGCAACUGAAAAUCACCACAUUUAAAGAUCUGGUCAUCAGGGACAAGGAACUGACUGGGGCAUUAAUUGCUUCUCUUAUCAACUGCUACAUCAGAGAUAAUGCUGCUGUUGAUGGCAUUAGCUUACACUUACAGGACAUCUGCCCCCUUCUGUAUAGCACUGAUGACGCAGUUUGCUCUAAGGCAAAUGAACUUCUGCAGCGUUCCCGACAAGUUCAAAAUAAGAUUGAAAAGGAAAGAAUGUUAAGGGAAUCCUUAAAGGAAUAUCAGAAAAUCAGCAAUCAAGUGGACCUUUCCAAUGUUUGUGCUCAGUAUAGACAAGUCCGUUUUUAUGAGGGUGUGGUGGAGCUCUCUCUUACUGCUGCAGAAAAAAAAGAUCCUCAGGGUCUUGGACUUCAUUUCUAUAAACAUGGAGAACCAGAAGAAGACCUUGUGGGCCUGCAGGCUUUCCAAGAAAGAUUAAACAGUUACAAGUGUAUUACAGACACGCUUCAAGAACUGGUAAAUCAAAGUAAGGCUGCUCCUCAGUCUCCCAGUGUACCCAAAAAACCUGGGCCUCCAGUACUGUCAUCUGACCCCAAUAUGCUGAGUAAUGAAGAAGCAGGACAUCAUUUUGAACAAAUGCUUAAACUGUCUCAACGAUCCAAAGAUGAGCUCUUUAGUAUCGCCCUUUAUAAUUGGCUAAUACAAGCUGAUCUUGCAGAUAAGCUAUUGCAGAUUGCUUCUCCAUUUCUGGAGCCACAUCUAGUCCGAAUGGCCAAAGUUGAUCAAAACAAAGUUCGUUAUAUGGAUUUACUGUGGAGAUAUUAUGAAAAGAACAGAAGCUUUAGUAAUGCUGCUCGUGUACUGUCGAAAUUGGCUGACAUGCAUAGCACAGAAAUUUCACUUCAGCAGCGACUAGAGUACAUUGCUCGAGCCAUUCUUAGUGCCAAAAGUUCCACUGCCAUUUCAUCAAUAGCCGCAGAUGGUGAAUUCCUUCAUGAAUUAGAAGAAAAAAUGGAAGUUGCUAGGAUCCAACUUCAGAUACAAGAGACACUACAAAGGCAAUAUUCCCAUCAUUCUUCAGUACAGGAUGCAAUUUCUCAGCUGGAUUCCGAACUAAUGGACAUAACUAAGCUUUAUGGGGAAUUUGCUGACCCGUUUAAACUUGCAGAGUGUAAGCUUGCAAUAAUUCAUUGUGCUGGUUAUUCAGACCCUAUAUUGGUGCAGACACUUUGGCAAGAUAUCAUAGAGAAAGAAUUGAAUGAAAGUGUGACGUUGAGCUCCCCGGAUAGAAUGCAUGCUCUUAGUCUCAAGGUUGUGCUCCUUGGCAAAAUUUAUGCUGGCACACCCCGCUUCUUUCCUUUAGAUUUUAUUGUGCAGUUUUUAGAACAGCAAGUUUGUACUUUGAACUGGGAUGUAGGUUUUGUAAUACAGACAAUGAGUGAAAUUGGAGUGCCAUUACCUAGGCUACUGGAAGUAUAUGAUCACUUGUUCAAGUCACGGGAUCCAUUCUGGAACAGAAUGAAGAAGCCACUGCACCUUUUGGAUUGCAUACAUGUGCUAUUGGCAAGAUAUGUUGAGAAUCCUAGCCAAGUUUUAAAUUGUGAGAGGAGAAGAUUUACAAAUCUGUCCCUGGAUGCUAUCUGUGGUUAUCUGGUUGAGCUUCAGUCUAUGAGCUCGUCAGUAGCAGUACAAACCAUCACAGGAAAUUUUAAAUCUCUUCAGGCUAAACUCGAACGGCUUCAUUAAUAUUAUAAUGUAUUUUCAUCUAUGCAUUUUGAUCUGUAAAAUAAAAGCUCAGCUGGGUCCAGA